AUGCCGGAAGUUUCCGCGGACGAUUUGCCCAAGCUGGCGCCGUAUCAAAUGUAGAAAUGUCUGGGUCUGGAAGAAUGCAACUUGUCAUGCUAAAUCUGAAGCAUGCAAAAAUCUGUGUUGCAUGACUGUAGGGUGAACUAUGUAUGUAGCGCUUAGGGCCCUUCCGUACGGCCAAUUUGUAUGUCCCGCAACGGGGUUCGCCAAUGUCGGUCAUUUGUAUGCGAGGCGAUGGGUUACCCGGUCGGCAGAGCCGAUCCACACGAACGAACGAUGACUACCAAAAGUCGUCCAGUUUUGACCAAGUCGGGAGGGAGUUUCUCAUGCAGGAUAGGCAUGAGAAAGAUCGCACAGAAUCUGUCAUUCUAGGUCCUGCAUUCCAGACCUCAUGGGUCAUGGAAAAGCUGCAUGACAGAUCGCGCAUUCUUCCAGACCCAGACAUUUUUACAUUUGAUACGCCGUUGCCGAUCCAGUUUUCUGGCUCCGUGCCAAUGUACGGAUCGGGGAGUGGCUUCGGGUCCGUGGGCUCGGCGGUCGGAUCCGUGCCUGGUGCGUUCUUGCAAGGACAACAGCAGCAGGUGCAGCAACGGGGCGGGCAAAUGAAAAUGGGAACGAGCAAUGGAAAUGUUUCGCCGAUGAUGCUGCAGCAGAGCCAGCAGUACAACAUGAUGAACAUGAACCCAGCGUUGGUACAGCAGCUCUACGCACAACAGCAAAGAAGCGCGGCCCAGCAAAUGCAAACGCAGGUGAGUAUGGAUGUUUGACAUAUUUUUCACUUCACCUUAGAGCUUGAAGUUGAACGCAUCGUGGUCUACUUCGUUGAAGAAGCUGCACCUCGCAUGGUCAUAGUCGAGCUGCACUUCCACUUUCUCCUGUCAGAGGCUGCUCUGAUAUAGUUGUUCUUUGAAACUCUGUGUUACAACUAACUUUUUAUUUCAUCGAUCAGUUCCUGAAGCAGCCGCUGAACCUGAUGAGCUUCCAAUCCGGUGUCUCUCCGGUUAUCACACAGCAGCAAUUGAUGCAGCAGGACGCGCUGCUGCAGCAGGAACGGCAGCGGAUCAUGAACGCGCAGGAGCAACUCUACAACGCCUACAACUACGGGAACAGUGUGGCCGCGGGAAACCAACAGCAGCAACUGCAGCCGAUGGUGUCGAACCAGCAACCUUUUCUGAGCAGUGCGAGGAGCGCGGGUGGUAGUGCCAGUGGUGGUCCGACGUCUGGAGCAAUGUUGUUGCAGCGGGGAAUGACCAACAACGCACAGCAGUCCGCGAACAAGAACGUGGCCUCUUCGCCGUUGUCAUUCUUGCAGCAGCGAUCCCAAGAGCGGUUCUGCUACUGCCCCUGCAUGUUUGGGGCGUGAUGGAGGAGAACUAGGAGAAGAAAAUUUGGCUAAACUUCUCCCAUGGACCGAAGAAGCUAUGUGAUGCCUGAAGAUCAAGAUUGUCUUUUUGAUACUUUUUUCCAAGAUUACGAUUCUGAAACAACCAUUUGAGCAGUGAUUGGUGCCUCCACGGUGUGCCUCAACUACAGCGACCACUUGUUGUCGACUGUGAGGCAGUGCUUGUCUAAAGCGACGAGGUCGAGAACGUUCGGAGAACAUCACUACGUCAAAUAUUCUCGUUGUUCGAGGUCGAGGAAACACUUCGUCGCCG